CCAGGUCGGGUAUAUAAGGACCGGGUGCCCGGGUUCCAACAUCCAUUCCACUACAACGUGUCUUUUGAGAAACAGUAGCAUUUUUGCUUUUGCUGUGGUCUGAUUCAAGUUCGGAAGCUCAGCUCCAGAGAAAAAUGGCCCUUAUUGCUUUGACCCUUGCUGCUGUCUUGGUCGCUGCCAAUGCAUCACUUCUGCCUGCCAAGUACCCAGCUGGUGUGAACCCGGCUGCGUGCCCCAACUACCCCUACUGCGACCCCUUUGUGGACCCCACUUCUGGCCUUGCUGUUGCACCUUACAAGAGCCUUGCCUAUGGUCGCUCUCUGGCUCCCCUUGCCUACAACGCCUAUCCUUAUGCUUAUGCUGCUGCACCCCUGUUGGCUGAUGGUGGCGCCAAGUACCCAGCCAGCGUGAACCCUGCUGAGUGCCUGAACUACCCCUACUGCCACGACGGAUACAACGGAAACCACGCCGUCGGAACUUUCAAGUCCGGCUACGCAGGUGUCGCUCCCGUCGUGCACGCCGCUGCCGUUUACGGCCACGGAUACGCCGCCAAAUACCCGGCCGGACUCAACCCUGCUGCGUGCCCCAACUAUCCCUUCUAAGAAAGCAAGCAAUUUGCUGCUGCACCCCUGUUGGCUGAUGGUGGCGCCAAGUACCCAGCCAGCGUGAACCCUGCUGAGUGCCUGAACUACCCCUACUGCCACGACGGAUACAACGGGAACCACGCCGUCGGAACUUUCAAGUCCGGCUACGCAGGUGUCGCUCCCGUCGUGCACGCCGCUGCCGUUUACGGCCACGGAUACGCCGCCAAAUACCCGGCCGGACUCAACCCUGCUGCAUGCCCCAACUAUCCCUUCUGUCACUAAAUGUUGAAAAAGAAAAAAAGCUGCCAGCUUUGCUCUUUUACGCGUGAAAAACAUGAGAGAAACAUACUGCCGAAGUUGAACAAUCAGUGUUUCAAACGUUAGUGUUUUGCGAGCACUUUUUUGAUAGUAUUUUGUGACACGCCUUUUUUUUCGUUAAAUUCGCGUCGGAGGGUGACGAUGAUGAUGGCUAUAUACGGCGCGAGAUUUUUCUGCUUCUUUUUUUGUGUGUGAUGCAUUGGUUUUAUUCGAUGGAGGGUAGGUGGCAUUAAAACUCGGUUUCUUAGUCUUCGUCAUAAUAA